GUCUGUUUCCAACUGGGGUUCGAAUAUAAACAGUGGAGGAGGCGCGGCCCGCUGGAGGGGACAUGCAGGAGGCAAAAUGAACGUUUCUGUCAACACCCGGGAGGUUCUUCACCUGUCUGUGGCUCCUGGGGUCAGGUCAUGGAGUAUCUUUGUCGGUGUCAUGUCAGUUGGUGUGGGAGCAUCUUAUUACAGCCCAGAUGAACAUAUACUUAUGAAGAUUGCUUAUUUAACUGGAUGCCUCAUUCUUGGGCUCACAUUCCUAGAUGACUGGGAGGAUUGUGUGUUUGAUAAGACUAAGGGCCAAGUAACCAUGAUACGCCGCAACUGGUUUGAAAGGUUAACAAGCCGCUGUGCUAAUUACAACACACUGAUCCUGGAAAAUAGCUCUGUAAUGGCUGUGAGAGUCGUACAUGGCAGUGGACGAUUCAGAGAUGGCUAUCAGGUUGCAUUGGUACUGAGAGCAGGGGGCACAGUUCCUGUCUCUGAAACAAGUGUAGGACUAAAGAGUGACCAGGAACAACUAGCCAGAAAUAUUCGUAGUUUUCUUUCGCUUGAUCGAGUGGAAGCUGUUCGAAAUGUAUGGACAGAUUGGACAGAAAGUGACGAAGAAGAUUUUUUGUUUGUUUAUCAGCCUCCAAUUGAGGUUGAGAGUUUAAAGGGGAGUGGAAACCUAAAUUUUGAAGAAGUUAAGUUUGAAAAUGACAACCUGCCAGAGUAUCACCACAGUGACACUGACAGCUCUAGUGAAGAGGAGCUGUUUGAUGAUCUCUAGUAUACUACUUAAGUGUAGAGUUAAUUAUUUUAUUAUUGUCACAAAUGUGAGCAUGAAUCAAUAACAUUUUAGUCAUAGAUUCUGAAAGGAUUGUAUAACAAACAUUCUGAAUUUUCAAUUUGAAUAUUGUAAUCAGACUUAUAGAUAUAUAUUUAUAAAUCUAAAACGGGAGUUGUCUUCUCAGUAUUAGUACAGCCAUGUUAAUGGUGUCACGUUUAUUUUAGUACUGAAUUUUUCAGGUGGUAAUCAUGCUUUGUACAAAUUUUAAUCUGUAAUAGAGGAGAGACGAGUGACUAGAGGAAAGAGUGGAUCUUACAUUUUAUAAGGGUAUUAUUUAUUGUUUUUAAUUCCCCCCCCCCCCAUCAUGUGUUCAAGUUGAAGUAAACAUUCAGUGUAUUUUUUCAUUGUAUGACUUAUUAUUUGCUCUUUGAAUAGUACAGUAUAUAUUCUUUAAAAUUUAUAUUGAAUUUACCGAAUUCAUAAAUUUUCAAAAGAUAGUUUACUUUGUGGCACCUUGACUAAUUUUGAUAUGCAUUAUUGUAAUGUUAACCAAACAUUGUACACAGAGGAUAUUGCUAGUUAUGGAAAUAUUAUACUCAAAUGCACAAGGAUAAGUUAACCCUUUUAGGGUAGCAUGUCCAAAUUUGGUCUUCAAAAGGGUUGAUUAUUAUAUUUUUUAAAUUUAGAAACUCGAUAAUUGAGUGUUGAAACAAAUUAAAAAACUGUACUGAUUCAAUACUGUAAAUACUGUACAAUUUAAGUACAAUUGAAAUGGAAUUAUACCGUAUUUCAAUACAAUUAAAUUGAAAUGCUGCAAGUUUCAUAAUUUAUGAAAGUUUUUCUAUAAAUGGGAUUUUCAGCACUAGCUUGAAAAUUCUUAAAUGGCAAUAAUCUAUUUGUAUUACAAAUGCUUUAGUUCAUUUAAUUUUCUUACUAUCUCUAGCAUAUUGAUAAUCAUUUUCAAAGUCUCUAUAAUAUUUUUAAAGGAUACCCAGUAUGUAUACUGGUAAAUUAAAAAUUGAGUCAAUCUGAA